CGCUGGUUGACCGGAAGCGUGAUUGCACUUUGCUCGAUCCCAAGCAGGCUCCCGUGCAUUUCCCCCAUACACAAGACUUAUUUGAAGCAGACGACUAGUCACCUGAAGAGUCAUGUGAGACAAUAUCCCCUCUUGGCUCUUGACUUUGCUCUUUGUUACUACUUUUAGACAGCCCCCUGUUACUGUACGAUAGAUGGGCUGGGUAGGAACCUCAUCAUGAAACCAGCCCCCUUAGACGUCUUCGUCCUUUUAAAUCCGGCCCUGAAAGGCUGCUCCUAUCCUGUGCCAUCAACAGCAAUACGCUGUCUCAGGCCGAUGCCUGUGCUCGUGGUGGGAAGCACAGCUUCGGCAACCCAAGUCCUAGGGCGACAACCCCUUCUGUUCACGACGUCUCCUCUCCAAUCAGAACCGCGCGAUGAAGACACCAUCUCUUGCAGGCAGCGUUGCAAUCGAGACGGGCCGCCGAUUUAAUAUGCAUUAUGCUACGUUUCCUUGCGUUACAAUAGGUUGACGAGGAAGCCUCUUGUGGCUGGACGGUUGGUUCUGGCCACGCUAGCCCCUUCCAUCGCUGCUUCGCUGCUUCGGCGUUCUUACUGGCAAAAACGGGUACUUGCCGUCGGUCUUGGAAUAGCGAUUGGCUUGCCUCUGGUGCGAGGGCGGCUGUUGACGGACAACUGACAGGUGGGACCUCAAAGCGGCGUCUCUACAGGCUGCGGACGCCUCUCUCCGUGUCGGACCAAGCUCCUCCAAAUCAGAACCACAACGGGACGGGACCUGGGACGGGUGUUCCUUCUGCCCAUGGCAAUGGCAUGGUGCUGAACAAAGUAUGAUUAAUCACCUUUGCUCCUGACCCAACAGUUGUGACCCAAUCAUGUGAUCAGGCGAGCAAAGCCGAAUCAGUCCGCUUGCAGGGCUGUCCAAACGCAUACCUAGCCACC